AUGGGCAACGAGGCACUCAAAAACAAAGAGUACCAAAAGGCGGCGGACUUGUACGGCGAGGCCAUUGCCAUUGACAACGGCAACGCCGUGUACCGCUGCAACAAGUCAGCCGCGCUGAUGAAACUCAACAAGCCGGACAAAGCAGGACACGAGGCGUACGUGGCGACCUGUCUUGACGCGACCUAUGCAAAGGCAUGGUCGUGCCUGGGCAUGGCCUUUCUCGAAAUGGGCCUUGCCAAGCGGGCGAAGCUUGCCUACGAAAACGCUCUGGCGAUGGCAGGCAACGACGCCACCGUGAACAUGCGUGAAGGGCUCAAAGCCGCGCGGGACGAGAUCACCCGCUCCAUCCGCGCCAUCAACGACGAAAAAGACAAGGAAAAACAGCAUCUGUUGCGGAACAAAUUUCUCGACCAGGAUUGGGACAUUUAUGGCAAGAUGGUGCAGCUGCAUUCGCUUGUGCACGAACGGCAGGUGGACGGCCUGCUGUUGUUUGCUCGACGCAUGAAGUGGCCAUACAUGAAGGAGGUGCGCGACACCGCGGAGGACGUGUACAGCAAUAUGCGCGGCGGGGCGAUUAUCAACAUCCACCUGCAUGACUGGCUGUACGGUAUGAUGCUGCCCGGAAAGUGGUUUGCGUUCAAGAUCAAGGCCGCGCUGGUGCUCUGCUCCCCGACGGUCAAGGCGCAGAUGGGCGUCAGCCCGUAUUUUGACUGCGGUGUCGUGCUGCCCACCCGCUCGUAUUGGCGCGUGCGAACGGUGCUUGGGCGCGUGCUGGGCUUGGGCUGUCUCCCCGGCGUCGUCUCCCUCUGCGGCUGGAUUGGACCGUGUCCCACGGUCACGUUCGUUCCAUCCACGGCAGCGGACAAGGCUGACGUCAAGGCCGACGUCAGCCCAUGCUAUGCCCGGAUCAAGGCCCGCCACAUUGCCCACUACGGAAUGCCGCAGAUGCGCUCCACGGAGGAGAUCGAGCCGUAUAUGGAGGAAAUACGCGACGCCAGCAACUGGAUUGUGCCGGAGCCGCCGGUCCGUGACAUGAGCACAUGUGACACGACCACCAUCGAACUGAAGGCCCUGCCGCUCGAGCGGAUGCGGCGAAACGGGCCUCGCGGGGCGCGCUGGCCGACAAGGACGUGA